CCUCUCACGCGAAGUUUAACCCAGUGAAAGUAUUGAGUUUUUUAAGGGAGGGUCCUGAGGACCUACAGAUUUUCAAGUGCCCCUUUCGAAAGUGUUGAUUAAUUUGUGGUUUUUGGCUGUUUGAAUUGCGCGAUAAUGAGCUGCGAGAGUGUUUGUCAAGUAGUCGUCAAAUGAAAGCCGUUAAAAUCACGCCACGCCGCGCGGGAAGCCAAAUUAAAAAUAGCUCCAUUCACCUUUAAUAGGGGCUUUCAUCUCAUUCUCGGCAUCGUCGUCGGCGGCAGCAGUACUCUCGGUCAGUAGUUUAUGGCCGUAAAUUGUGUCGAGUGACAGCAUCGGUCAAGCGUUUCAGUUUACUGACCCCGUAACCCACCGAAACGGAAUCCGGUCGGAACCGGUGGGAAAUCGAUGAUUCUUGAAGCAGUUCGUUAUUCCAAAAAAUAAUGAGAUAAAUUCGUCGACACACCAGUGAAUUAUAAACACCAACAAGCAUAGCUCAACAGUACCAACCAAAUCAAUACGCUUCCUUGGCCUAAAUUAAAAGCAGAAAUAAAACCUAAUAAAAACCAUGUCCAGCAACGGGAGCACUCCAAUCAACAGUCCCCGGAAGAUAUUCGGCAGGACGGCGACGUCGGACAAGAACGCCAUGCUGGAGUACGAGAUGAACAAAAAUCUAGAUAGCCAUUUCCGCGAAAAGGCCGAGAAGGAACUGGGCGAAACGGGCAGCGAACUGACGUACACCAAGAUCCGACAGCUGAGGCAACAGUUGAACAUCUACGCCGAACACCACCAGCGAGGGUUGGGCGGACGGCGGGACGAUUCGUUUUUGUUGCGAUUUUUGCGCGCGAAAAAGUUCGACGUCGAUAAGGCGUUCAAAAUGAUUCAAAAGUACUACAAGAUGAAGGACGAAUACCCGGAGAUCUUCAAGGUGUCCCCACCUUCCGAAAUGAAGUUCAUGCUGGAAAUGCAGAUCCAGUGUAUGCUUCCAAAGCGGGACGACAGUGGACGUCAGAUUUACGUAUUUAGAGUUGAGAAAUGUGAUCCGUACAAAAUUCCAGUAGACUACGUAUUCCGCAGCAACGUGCUGGCACUGGAGGAUGCCGUCCGCAACCCAGAGGUUCAAAUUGGUGGGCUGGUCGUGCUGCUUGACAUGUCCGGGCUGGGAUUCGCACAUGCCAGGUACUUGUCCCCACACUUGGCCAAGAAAACCGUCGAGGUGGUCCAGGAAGCGUUCCCGAUGCGCUUCAAGGCGUUCCACGUGCUGCACGAACCGUUUUACUUCGACGCCAUCCUGGCGGUGUUGAAACCCUUCUUGAAGGACAAGAUCCGACGGCGAAUACACCUGCACGGCCACAACCUGAACUCACUGCACAAGUACAUCUCGAAGGACUUUCUGCCGGCGGAGUACGGCGGAACGUUGCCCCCGUUCGACAACACCGAGUGGCGUACGGCCAUCCUGGAGAACGAGCAGUACUUUGUCGACCUGGAAUCGUACAACCACGGGCCGGACAGCAGCUGCUUCCUGGACAACGUGGACGGCAGUGGUGGCGGCGGCGAUGCGGACAGUAUCGAGAGUUUGCAGUUUGGGGACACCGAGACGGAGGACAGCGAGUUUGACGAGGACGACCGGCGGGUGUUGAGUCCAAAGCGGACGCCCCGGUCGUUGGUGAACAUUGAGGAGAUUUUCCUGAGGAACGAGUUGAGCAACGGGGGCGAUGACGACGAUGGGCGUCCCGAGAAAGAAGUUGAAGAUGUGAAAUAAAGUUGAAGGGAGUUUGCUGCUGCAUCGUGUGUGUGUGAGA